AUUCCAUUUCGUUCUCGUGUCGCUGAUAUCUCUUCCCUGCCUUCACAACAGAUCUAGCUUGGGGAGCGAAAUCGAGCUUAAAACAUUAGAAGGACGCAUCUUUGGCCACGAAUAUCCCUAGAUAAACCCACAGUGGAGGUUAUUGCUAGCCCUCGUGAUGCCUCCCAAAGCUGCAAAAUCGAAGGAUGUUGUUGCGGAGCGGCCGAUUCUUGGGCGCUUCUCAUCACACUUGAAGAUUGGAAUUGUUGGAUUACCAAACGUUGGCAAGUCAACCCUUUUCAACACACUUACGAAAUUGUCAAUCCCUGCUGAGAACUUUCCUUUCUGCACCAUAGAACCUAAUGAAGCAAGGGUCAACGUUCCUGAUGAUCGGUUUGAUUGGCUCUGCCAAUUAUACAAGCCGAAGAGUGAGGUGUCCGCUUUUCUAGAGAUACACGACAUAGCUGGACUAGUGAGAGGGGCUCAUGAGGGACAGGGCUUAGGAAAUAACUUCCUGUCCCAUAUUCGUGCAGUCGAUGGAAUUUUUCAUGUUUUAAGAGCAUUUGAAGAUCCAGACAUAGUUCAUGUUGAUGAUUCUGUGGAUCCUAUUAGGGACUUGGAGAUCAUAGGCGAAGAACUACGACUUAAGGAUUUGGAAUUCAUUGACAAGAAGUUGGAGGACCUAGAGAAGAGCAUGAAGAGAAGCAAUGAUAAACAAUUAAAAAUUGAACAUGAAUUAUGUGGCAAGAUAAAGUUGUGGUUGAAGGAUGGUAAAGAUGUCCGUCUUGGCGAUUGGAAAGCUGCUGAUAUUGAGAUCUUGAAUACUUUCCAAUUGCUAUCUGCUAAGCCUGUUGUUUAUUUGGUCAACAUGAAUGAGAAGGACUACCAAAGGAAGAAGAACAAGUUCUUGCCAAAGAUACAUGCUUGGGUUCAGGAGCAUGGUGGCGAGCCUAUUAUCCCUUUCAGCUGCAUCUUGGAAAAGAAUUUGGCAGAUAUGCCAGAGGAUGAGGCUGCUAAAUACUGCGAGGAAAACAAACUACAAAGUGCCUUAACAAAAAUCAUAAAGACUGGAUUUGCUGCAAUCAAUCUCAUUUACUUUUUCACAGCUGGGCCUGAUGAGGUGAAGUGUUGGCAGAUCAGACGGCAGACAAAAGCCCCUCAAGCAGCAGGUGCUAUUCACUCAGAUUUUGAAAGAGGUUUCAUUUGUGCUGAGGUUAUGAAGUUUGAGGAUCUUAAGGAACUUGGAAAUGAAGCCGCAGUUAAGGCUGCUGGCAAAUAUAGGCAGGAAGGAAAGACCUAUGUUGUUCAGGAUGGGGACAUAAUUUUCUUCAAGUUCAAUGUAUCUGGGGGUGGAAAGAAGUAAUGUUUGAUUAUGGAAGGCCAGUAGCCAAGCCAACUUUCUUCAUGCUUGGCAUCUUGAUCAGUCUUAUUAUGUUUUCCUAUUUGAAUUUGUUGAUUAACGAGAUGGGGUUCUCUCCUGCCAAAUGAUUGUAAGAAUGUGCAAGUUUCUGCUGCGUGUUAAUUAAAUUUUUGAGUGCCUUGAGUUCUCGCAUCUCUACUAUUGUAGUAUUAUUUUAAGCUAAUCGUCUUUAGUUUUUAUGUGACCUUUUUAGUAGAAUAAUGGAAGAAUUAUUAAUCUUAAA